UGAACGCGGAGGACGAAGAGCUGGAGCCGACAGACAGACAGGCAGGCAGGGAGACAGUUGCGGCUAAACAAGCUCUCUGGACGCCUUACAAGCGGCUCAAACGGCCGCUUUUCAUCCGCGGUUACUGGCGGUGGGUCUGAGGAUUUACACUCAGCACUCGGUGUCUGAUUUAGAUGAUUUUCCUCCAUUGUCGAAGUUUCCGACUGUCACGUUUUUAGCUGCGGACCUUCGCUUCGCCUGUCUGUGGGAUUAAACGUUUUAAUUCAGCACUAAAUGCUCAAACAGUGUGUUAGUGUGUGUGAGCAGCUGUUUUUUUUUUUUUUUUUGGACUGUUUUUCUAACGGAGCAUUGACGGCAAAGGCAAAAUCUUGGACCUGCCUUCGCCAUGGGGAAAUAGCGGGGAUCUCUCUCUGUAACCGACCCCGUGUUUUUGACUUUUUUCAUGGUAGUUUUUAAAGGACAGAGCUCGGUUUGUUUGUUUGCUUGUUUUCUAAAAUAAUGAGCAUGGAUGGUUGUCCGCUGAAGGUGGUGAUUUUCCUGUGGUGUCUGCUGGUGAUUUCUGGCUCCAGCUUUGAGAUAGGCUCCUAUGACCUGGAGCGAGGCAGACCGGCCAAGUGCGAGCCCAUCGUGAUCCCCAUGUGCGAGGGGAUCGGCUACAACCUGACCCGGAUGCCCAACUUCAUGGACCACGACGACCAGAAGGAGGCUACCAUCAAACUUAACGAGUUUGCCCCUCUCGUGGCUUACGGCUGUGAUGUGCACCUCCGCUUCUUCCUCUGCUCCCUUUACGCCCCCAUGUGCACGGACAAAGUGUCGACCUCCAUCCCCGCCUGCAGACCCAUGUGUGAGCAGGCCAGGGAGAGGUGUGCACCCAUCAUGAAGAAGUUCAGCUACACCUGGCCGGACUCCCUCGACUGCUCCAAGCUGCCCACCAGAAACGACCCCAAUGCUCUGUGCAUGGAGGCCCCUGAGAAUGAAACCAGGACAGAAGGUAAGAAAGGCGAGGGCAUGCUUCCAGUGCCCCCUCGCCCCAGGCAGCCAGGCACCAGCAGCAGCCGCUCGCCGGGCAGCAUGGGCUCCUGUGAGAACCCAGACAAGUUCCAGUUUGUGGAGAAGAGCCAGUCGUGUGCGCCUCGCUGUUCCCCAGCUGUGGACGUCUUCUGGUCCAGGCAGGACAAGGACUUUGCCUUUAUUUGGAUGACAGUGUGGUCCAUCCUCUGUUUCGUCUCCACUGCCUUCACAGUCCUAACCUUCCUCCUGGAGCCUCACCGUUUCCAGUACCCAGAGCGGCCCAUCAUCUUCCUCUCCAUGUGCUACAACGUCUACUCUGUGGCCUUCAUCAUCCGCUCGGUGGCUGGGGCUGAGAAUAUCGCCUGUGACCGUGAGCACGGAGAGCUCUACAUCAUCCAGGAGGGGCUGGAGUCCACUGGCUGCACCAUCGUCUUCCUAAUCCUCUACUACUUUGGUAUGGCUUCCUCUAUCUGGUGGGUCAUCCUCACACUCACCUGGUUCCUGGCAGCAGGGAAGAAGUGGGGCCACGAGGCUAUCGAAGCCCACAGCAACUACUUCCACAUGGCAGCUUGGGGCAUCCCUGCUCUAAAGACCAUCAUCAUCCUCACAAUGAGAAAGGUGGCUGGGGAUGAGCUGACGGGGCUGUGCUAUGUCGGGAGCAUGGACUCUGGGGCACUCACCGGCUUCGUCCUCAUCCCUCUCUCCUGCUACCUGAUCAUCGGCACCUCUUUUAUCCUCACGGGCUUUGUGGCUCUCUUCCACAUCCGCAAGGUGAUGAAGACGGAGGGCACCAACACAGAGAAGCUGGAGAAGCUCAUGGUGAAAAUUGGUAUCUACUCCAUCCUCUACACGGUGCCGGCCACCUGCGUCAUAGUCUGCUAUUUCUACGAGAGGCUCAACAUGGACUACUGGAAGCUGAGGGGGCUGCAGAUGAAAUGUGGCUCGUUCAACGGUCACAGCAGCGACUGCUCGCUGCAGACGUCUGUGCCCACAGUGGCCGUGUUCAUGCUGAAGAUCUUCAUGUCGCUGGUGGUCGGCAUCACCAGCGGGGUGUGGGUGUGGAGCUCCAAGACCCUGCAGACCUGGCAGGGCCUGUGCAGCAGGAAGCUGGCGGACAGGACUAGUAGUAGGAAACCCUGCAGCGGCGUGAGCUGCGGCAGCACACACUGCCACUACAAAUCUCCUGCUGUGGUUCUCCACAUGGCCAAGACUGACCUGCACUCAGACAACCCCACACACGUCUGAGAGGGAGCAAGCAUACACACACACACAUUUCACACAGCCAAAUGCAAGCACAAACACACACACACACACACACACACACACACACAUACACACACUUUACGCCCUGUGUAAGGAGCUGCUAAAGACUUUAUAAGAAGAAGAGUGGUUGAAUUGAACUGUCAGUUACUCCUCUGCUGCUGCCAAGGGACACACAGGUACAGGCAUCACUAUGAGAAACUAGCUAUAAACAGUAUUCAGUGCAUAAAGGGAAAUGUUCAGUAUUGUUACCCAUAUUUUUCUGUUCAUAGUGUUCUGUGCAGUAGACAUGCCCAAUGUUUUCAUAGCAAAAAUUUAAAAAAGGACUGUUAUGGGAGGCAUCCUAGGAAAUAUUAGUCUACCUUCCUCCCUGAAAGUGGCAUGAUAAACUGUAUAAAUCUGUAUAAAUGUUUUAUUUAUUGUAAAUAUAUUUAAUUUAAAGUUCACCUUGGCUCUUAUCAGAUUUGUUGUUUAGAUGCAUUUAUUAAAGGUCAAGGGGAAACUAAGUGCCUUUUAUAAGAACUCUGGUUCUGGCCUUUUGGAGGAAUAAUAAAUUUGUGGAAUUCAUGUUCAACUCUC